AUGGAGGAAACGUUCCCGGAGCGAUUUACCUUCCAUCCAACGGAAUGGAACAAGUUUCCGGAUGGAACCGACCAAAUCGAGAUCGGCGGCUUUCACCCACAAAAUCUUAUAUCUGGAGAGCAUGUCCUAUUUCUGGCAAGUUUCGAGAACAACGAUGUGACCUUAUCGCAGUUUCAAGUUAUGAUUUGCCUACUGCAAUCCUUUGUCGAAUCGCUGACGAUAGUCUUGCCGUAUUCGCCGGUUGGAACGAUGGAGCGUGUGGUACGAGAGGGCCAGGUGGCAACGGCUGCUACCUAUGCACAUAUGUUUAGUUCCCUACCAAACUGCGGUAAGCCAACACGCCUGAUGGUGUAUGAUUUACACACAUUGCAAAACCGAUUCUACUUACAUGGAAAUGCCGUGGCCAGUUUGCAAACGGCUAUCCCAUUAUUGAAGAAACGCUUGAAGAACUCGGAGGUCAACUGUGUCGCAUUUCCAGAUGAUGGCGCCGCAAAACGAUUUUCUUCGCUAUUUUUGGAGAUGGAUGUAGAAGUGAUAGUUUGCGGAAAGACCAGAGGGGAGGGCGAUGUCCGGUCGGUCGUAAUUCAAGACGGAAACGCUGAAGGCAAGCACAUCGUGAUCGUUGAUGACUUGGUACAAACGGGCGGGACCCUUUAUGAAUCAGGGAAGGUCUUGAAAGAGGCAGGAGCAUUGUCUGUCAAUGCAUUUGUUACUCACGGCGUCUUCCCAAAUGAAAGCUGGAAGCGCUUUAACAAAGGAGGCGACCGGGCUUGUUUCGAUAAAUUCUGGGUCACCAACUCGAUUCCAACCAUUACCAAACAGCUACCCAUCGAAGACGGUGUUUUUGAGGUUUUAGACUUG